AUGACGGCCGACAACAACACGGCCGAGGACACUGCCGACGCUGUCCUGGACGCCGCCAUGCGCGGCGACGCUGAAGCGCUCGCAGCCCUGCUCGCCGGCGGCGCCGACCCAAACGCACGCGACGGUCGCCACGCCAUGCCGGCGCUGCACUGGGCGUGUGCCUCCGACGAGGCGAAGUGUGUCGAUGCUCUGCUGUGCGAUGGGCGGACAGACGUCAGUGCGAAGAGCGCACAUGGCAUGAGCGCGCUCCACGUGGCCGCGUCGUCGAAUGCACUGACGUCCCUCUUGCGUUUGCUCGCAGCCGGCCUCAGCGUGGACCAGCGCAACGAGUGGGAAGAGACACCACUGCACGUGGCCGUGGCGGGUGACAGCAGCUCCUGCGUGGCCGCACUCCUCUCCGCCGGUGCCUCCGCUUUCGCAGUCGACCGUUGGGGCCGCUCCGCCUCGGCUGUCGCCGAGCAGCAAGGGUCGAAUCCCGCCCGCUUCGGUCUCCCGGACGCCGAGUCGCUGCCCAAAAGAGCCACGAGGUCUGUCGAAGGCGCGGCCGCUGCAGUGGAGCCGGACCACGCCGCGUUCGCUAGUAUGCGAGUGGCUCUGGCAAACGACCUCGCCGAGGCAAUCGCCGACAGGCGGGCAACGGCGGGGCGCAGACCCGCUCUCAGCAAGCUCGUCGAGUGGCCUGGCGACGAGGCCGAGGUGGCGCGGCUCCUCGCCUGCGGCAGCGUGGAGCCGGCGGGCAGGGACGCGUUUGGGCUCUCUGCGCACCACAAGUUCUGCGCGUGGGACAAGCCGGCGCUCCUCGAGCUCCUCCUGCCGCACCUCAGCGCGGCGGACCUCACCGCGACCACUCCCGACCGCUCCACCGCCUUGCACCUCGUGCGUGCGCUGCGCCUGCUCAUCGAGCGCUGCGGCGAGUCGCGCCUGAGGCUCGAGGCGACGGCGCGCGAUUCGGCGGGCCGCACCGCGCUGGAGAUCGCGAUCGAGCGGGGCCACGGUGCGGCGGCAGCGUUGCUUCAGAAGCUGCAGGACCGAGAGGAGGCGUGGGGCUUGACACCUCGAGCUCACGGAUGA